ACUGGAGAAGCAAUAGCACCCUGAAAAACUGGUGUUCCAUGCCAUGUAGCCGACGACAUUCAAAUUUGUAGCGAAUUGCUGCGUCCGGUCGGCUAGCAAUAAGAACUGGUGUUGGGCUCGCGUCUGUCCUAUAAUUUGCUUGAUGUCCUCUCAGGCUGACUCGGUCACUCGGAGGUCCUCAAUAACGUGGUUGACGCGUUGAUGAAUGACUAGCAGGAGCAGCCCGGAGCCGUCUUGUAAACCGUGACCACCUAGGUUGCGGGAAGUUGGAACAUCACAUGCCAUGUCAUGAUCUUCAUUCCGGACCCCAAGCGGGCCAAGCCAUGCCGUCUCUACAGUGACCGACACUCACAUAUAUAAUGUGUUCCUCAUUCUACGCCAAAACGCGUAACAUCUCAGCUCAGCUCUAACUUGCAGGAUGGUGGUCGCUAGAAUGCCACUCUCAUUCUCUGCUCUUCUCGCGUAUGCUGCAAUUGCGGGCGCAUGGUCAACGUUCGUUGUCCCACAUACCGAAGAUACAGAUGACACGCCUGCUCUGGUGGCCGCAAUUUCUCAUUACGCGUCUGAUGCGUCGAUUGUGUUCGAGGCUAACACGACUUACAACGUGUGGUCCCCAAUCACGUUUCCACCUCUCACGAAUGUCGAGGUGGUGAUUAGCGGGAAUUUGACAUAUCCGACGAGCAUCGAGACUGUGCAAGGGUAUGUUGCUGCUGCUAACUACUCAGGUGCAUGGUUCUCGUUCACUGGAGGAAAUAACGUCACGCUCCGCGGCAAUACUGACCCUGACUGGGGCUGGGUUAAUGGACAUGGCCAACAGUGGUGGGAUAUUAUGCAACAGACAAACCGACCUCAGGGUUGGCUGUUUAAAGAUGUUACAAAUGGGAUCAUCAGAGAUAUGAAGUUAUACAAGCCUAUCGCAUGGAAUUUUGCCACCACAGGAACAAGCAAUGUGCAUAUCUUCAACAAUAUCAUCCUGGCCGGUUCUGACAAUGCCUCAUUCCCAUUCAACACGGAUGGAUUUUCAGCUGGAGGCACCAAUUUGCUUUUCGAAAACAACCAUGUCGUUAACGGAGAUGACUGCUUAACUGUUACCAGUGGCGCCAAGAACAUCACUUGGAGAGAUAGCUACUGCGAGGGAUCGCAUGGUCUGUCAGUCGGUUCACUUGGCGAGGACGGUCAAGUGGCAUCCGUAGAGAACGUAUUACUUGAGAACACAAUUAUGAACCGUACUCUCUAUGCAGCUCGUUUCAAGAGCUGGACUGGCGGAAACGGUGCUGCUAUCAAUAUAACAUGGAAAGAUAUCACAUUCAUCGACGUGAUGUUCCCUAUCUACGUGACCCAAAACUACUGGGACCAAGAAGACGGCCCGCCUCCGAGCUCCUCGUCUGUCAACGAGACUCACAUAGAAAACUUCCUGUUCGAUCACUUCGUUGGCGUAAUUAACGAUACGCCUGGAUACGUGGAAGGCUCAUGUGUCACAGACCCUUGCUGGUACUACGUAUCUGGUGCAACAGGCAAGGAAGCCGUCAUUUUCGACCUGUACCCCGACACCGCGACUAACAUUGUCGUGAAGAACUUGGUUGCGCGCACACUAAGUGGUGCCCCUGUUGCCGCAAUGUGUAAUUCUUCCACGAUCUCGAAUAAUGUUGGAUUUGUGUGCUGGAAUGGUCCGUAUGUCCCUACAUAGGCUGAUUUGUAAUGUGCACGAGUUCUUUAUACUUGGAUCCAAUCGAAAGACUCUUAGAUUCA